UUUCUACAGAUGUAGUUCAUUAUGUUGAUAUAUCGUUAACUUGUCUACUUGUCACAAGUAUAUUUGUGUUUUUAUGUACAAAUGUUGCCGACCAAUCAAGAGAUAUAAAUUUAGUGAUUUAAAUCGACUGAUUUCGCGCAUGCGUGGUAGCGCUGCGACCCAGGUGCAAGUCGGAUGUAGGAUGGCCACAUAGAAGAGUGGAGUAGCGAUGUGCGGCAGUCAAACAAUGAUAUCUGGCAAGAUCGGAUUUCAAGUCACGAAUUGCACAUAUUUUAACAAUCUGGAAAUAGUAUUUAAUUAAUUACCGAAUCGUGGUACUUUGAUCGAGUUUGUAAACAAAGAAUGGCCGGGGAGCCUCGUGAAACCGGGCAUACGAAGCCGUUGGUGCAGCUUUUCCCAAAAGCAUCCGAGUGCGUGUAUACGAGUUGUUAUUGCGAGGAAAAUGUAUGGAAGCUCUGUCAAGAUGUAGCGACCAGACACGGAUCGGAAUUACAGCAUUGCUAUGUUGCUUUCGUGAGCAACUCCUGGCGUAGCGUACCGCUUUGGCGACAACGUGCAGGAAAGGACGAGGAUAAGCUCGUAGUUUGGGACUUCCACGUAAUCCUUAUCUACGCACCCGACGAAAGGGCGGUUGUUUACGAUUUAGAUAGCGCGUUGCCGUUUCCGACGCAUUUCUGGAAAUACGCGAUGGAAACGUUUAGAUCGGACGAGGUUCUACAGCCGGAGCAUCAUAGAAGAUUCAGAGUGAUCCCAGCCAAUGUAUACUUGCGAGAAUUUGCAUCAGAUCGACAUCAUAUGAAACGCGAGGAUGGAACAUGGAUCAAGACGCCACCGGAUUAUCCGCCAAUUUCAACAUCAACGUGCAAGGACAACUUGGAUUCCUUUAUUAACAUGGAUCCAGGGACCGGGUUUGGGGUUGUAUUGACUUUAGACCAAUUAUUCGACCGAUUUCAUAGGCCGAAUGCGAUCCCAACGGCUCCUCGUACACCUCAUCCGCAACCUACACCGACUUAAGUAAACUGCUAAGUAAGUUCCGCAAGGAUAACGAUUGUCUGCUUCGAUUUCCAAUUGUCAACAAAUGAAUUGUAUGGCCUAAGGGAAUUGGUUAAGUGCAUGUACCUUUAUGAACCGAAAUUGGGUUAAUAUUCGAUGAUAACAUUUAUCUAAGCAUUAUUCAUCGUUCAAAAUCACAGCUAUAUCUCUGUGAAUGAUAAACCGAUCAUUUUAUUUCUAUCAACAUUCUUAAUUCGCUAUAUAACCUUUAACACUAUCCCUGUUUAUAUGUGUCUCACGCAUUUUUUUUUACUCCUAUCUUUUAAAUCAAAUUUAAAUAUAAGGUGUUCCAUGCGACGCACAGGAUUUCUUUAAGUGCCGUUGGUCGAGCGCUACAAAUAUUACACAGUGUGAAAAACCCGUAUAAAACCGUACAUUUAAGAUUUUAAGUAUAUAUAAUGGAUAUUCGUGUGGAUCCGUAAAUGGAUCGUACAAUUGGAACUUAUUAAUUCCACAAACAAUAUGAUCUGAAAAUCCAGCAUGAUUAUUUCUCGAUUUAAUAAUAACGAUGUAAAACUCUUCUCUUUUCGAUUUUACCCCAUUUGACAAAACCGUAUAAGCUACACGAUGUACUAUGGAAAUUAUUAAAUAUUGAAAACAGUGAAAACCAUAAAUUUACAUAAAGACACUAAUACUGAUGUUAGAAAUUGAUUCUUAAUAAUAAAUUUGUUGUAUGUUCACUUGUCGAAUCGCAGUUUCCUUUAUGAAAAUUUUACAUCAUAUGAUAAAUGAAAGAAGAGAAGGAAAGAAUUAAUUAAUACCUCUAAAUCUAUAAAGCCUUUUGUUUCUACUGUGAUUUCAGGAUUCAAACAGCAAUGAUUUAAUGCAGUAUAUGGAGACUUUUUCAAUUGAGUGUGUAUACUGCUUUUGUCUUGUAUGAUUGUGUCCUAAGAGGUAUAUGGAAAAUAAAUCUUCACUUGCGAUUAAAAGUGAAAUAUAAUAUAAACAGAUAAUAUCGAUACAUUUCUAUAAAUAAAUUACCUAUCGGCUACUAAAAUUUCACAAUAUUAUACAGCUUUGUUCUGGUUUACGGUUUGGUACGGGUCUUUCCUACUAUUAUCGUUGAAUGCUACGGUUCCAGCGAUACUAAAUUAUGGGGUCGGAGCCUCCAUAAUUAAUCAAUAACAACGCAAGGAGCAGUAACAGCGGGAACAAAAGAGAGCGCCUGGACAAAACGCAUUUGAUCAAAGGGCGUAGAGCCCCAGCUUACCGUUGCAAAGUUAGAGAUUUGCUGGGUCCUCUCGUUAUUCCUCGGCUCCUAUAGUGUUUGGAUAUUUCUCCAUUUUAAUAAAGAAAUCAAAACUUACAAGAAAGAUCCACGUCUUUAGAAAAACCAAUUCUUUUAUAACGAUAGUUCUACUUAUGUGUAAAAAUGUACUUGAUACGAUUAGACACAAGUAGCAAUAUCGUGAGAAAAAAAGUGGUUUCUGCAAGGACAUGCGCCUUUUCCCUAUAGUGUCGAUAUCUAUUUGCCUCUAUUUCUAGGCUAUGCUGAUACGUUAUUUGUUCCCCUCUUUUUAAAAGUCUUUUUACAGAACCUUGCCAAGAACCCCAUCUCUCUGUGUUGUCUGCUACACAUUAACUAUCGACCAUGUUCCAAGCUUUUGGGUUCUGACCCAAGUAUUGGGGAUGACUGUUCUCGUCUUCAUACGUUUUAUCAUAACGCGUAAAUCUUUAUCGCGGCUUUGCUCCAUUGGUGGUGUUAUCGUUAUAGUUAUUGUGUCUAAGACUGACGUAUUUACGGACACAUUCGUUCGACAAAGUAUUUACUAGCGCUUUUAUUAGCGCUGAUGCACAAAAAAUAAGGAAAGCGCUUAUUAUUGUUGUGCAACCGAGAUAGUAAGGGCGAGAACGUGAUCUUUGCGAUAAUGUAAAAUAGUUAUUGUAAUUCUUGUGAUACUUUACACUUUCUACUUUGAAUACCUACGUAUAUACUGAUAUUGAUACUAAAAAUUGAUUCUUUAUAAUAUGUAGUGUGUUUGCUUGUCGAAACAGAAUUUUCUCUCUGAAAAUUUGAUCAAUGGAAAUCGAGGCUUAAUUCGAGCAUCCCACGCGACCAAUUGUUGCCUACAUCGAAAUAUUAUUUUCGAAUCAACGAAUAUCCCUCAGACUCUCGGAAAUAAAUUUUGACAACGAAAAUCUCGGAAUCUUUGACCUCCCUAAAACAGAGUACACUGUAUCUACGUAGUGGAUUUCUUACAUUACUUUCCAUUUACUUCCCUAUUCACUUAUUUCAAUUGAAAUACUCUAAUCGUUCUUCCUUUUGAAACUUCGCGAACGUAAAUUUGUAUUGGCAUGUAAAUUGUUACGAUUUCAAUGAGAGUAACUCUACAAUUGCAGCAAGACUAUGUACUCGUAGAUGUUUUAGCGAAUCUAUUGUUUUUAGCUGUAACACAGCGUGAUACGAUGCGACAGAAAAUUUAAUCGACAAGCGAAUGCAAACGAGCUGUCGGUUCUUCGAGUAGAUUGAGAAUCAUUGUUGAAAAAGGCGAAGAACCGACAGCCGUGUUUAUAGUCUAAGGGUACGUCCACUCUUUGCCUUCCAACAUCUUUCACUAGAUCUCUUUGUCUUUAUCAUCGACAUGUGUUUUUUCUCCAGUUCACUUUAUAUCACGUUGCUAUUUGCAUACAUAUUUGUAAGCAAACGUAUCACCGAUUGUGGGAUAAUCAAUUAGUCACUGAAUGUACAUAUAUCAUUCUUGCCAGUGUUGGGUAAAUAUCAUUCUCACCGAUGUUAUUCGAAAUUUUUUAACGGACAAGUAAAUAUUUCUUUUUCCAAUUAGUUAUAUACAUAUAUUUUUUAUAUAUAUUAUAUAUAUAUAUUAAUUAAAGUAUUGAAUAUAAAUAUAUAAAAAAUAAUUUAUAAAUCUCUUGAGGUACAUAUUAUAUUUAUUGAUAUAUCCUUGGAAAUACAACUUAUAUAUAUUAUUAUUAUUAUUUGUAAUACGUAAUAUAUGUAUAUAUUAUAUAAACGCGCAAACAAUAAUUAAUUUAUAUAUUCCUCAGGAUAUAUUAAUAGAAUACAAUAAAUAUUUCAGGAUUUAUAAAUUAUUGUUUUAUAUAUAAACGAGAGACUGAAAUAAGGGUAUAUAUGUAUAAUAAUAUAAGUUAAUUAAAUAACAUUAUCUUAUCAAGGGAUACCAUAAAUAAUUCCAGUAACGAAUAACUCCAAUAGUAAAUAAACUAUUUAUUAAUUAACUAUUCCCUUACUAUUUUUAUUUCAUUGAAAUUUUAUUCGAACACAUAUCCAACACUGGUUUUUGUCGUCGAAUGUGAUCAUCGCGGAAAGGUCUUGUCGCUUAUACAUCGGCAUCGUAUCGUAUGCGAGAAACUCGGGACCGACGUUUUUAGCAUGUAAUAUCUUCGAUUACCAAAAUACAAAAUGAACAAAAAAAAUUUGAGAAAAGACCUAAUCUCUAUCGUUCAAAGUAUCGCUCUAAAUAUAUAUAUAUAUCAGAAGGAAUUACUAUAUUAUCAUGACAGUGAUCAUUAUUAUUAUUAUUAUAUAUAUAUAUAUAUUUAUUAAUAUUUCAUAUUUAUUAUAUUGAUAUUUUUAAUUAAAUCGUAUCUAUUUCGAUACACCGAUGAAAGAGAGUUUAAAAUGUUGAAUUAUGCAAUUUAUCGACGUUUGACAUAUUCUCUUACCAUUGUCGUUCUACGAUACACAUAUAAUACAUAUUGUACAACUUUUUGGAAAAGGAACAAAUCACAAAUCUUUUUCGCAUGUUCACAAAGAAUUAUAAAUGGGAUAAAAUGAAAUCUAUUUCCAAACUUCGUCCUUUCUAUAAUCAGUUUUAAUAAAUGGAUGCACUCCGUUUGUCUCUUUGAAUUUUUAUCGAUGUACUGUUUCGAUUUUUACGAAUCAUUACCAAGAUCCUCUCUCUCCUCUUUCUCAGGUCAGGUGCCACAGUGAAACAACAGAACCAAAAUGUCGAAUACAUCCAAAAAAAAAAAAAAAAAAAAUAAUAAGAAAAAAGAAUAAAAAUGGUAAUCGAAGUUUAAUUCUCCAAAUGAUUCCGCUUUUCUUUUUUUCUUUGUUGGGUGCGAUCGAAUUUUUGCGUCCAAACUAUUAUGGAACAUUUCUUAACAAACUUUUUUCAGCAUAAUCGAGUUUUCUAUUCUCUCUGUUUAACAUGCUUUGUCGAGAUAUUUGGUGUUUAUUGAAAUUAUCUGUAACAAAUAUGUUGCUCAGUAUGCGCAUAGUAUUUCCAGCGUACGUUUAUUACGUUUAUUAUGUAUCGUAUUACACCGUUGAAGAAGAAUUGUACAGUAGGCAUCGGAGAAUUAAAAAAAAAAGAGGCAAUGACGCGCAAAUUUUCAAAUGUAUACUGUAUUCAAUUUGCAAAAAUAUAUAAUAUAUAAUUACAAAAGUUA